CUUGUUACUUCGUGUAAAAUCGGGGCGCGCUGGUGACCUAGAGAGAGGGGGAGCCGUUGGACGAGAGCGAGCGAGGGAGGGGGGAGGAGGAGGAAGGAGCGACCUCUCGCCGGGAAUGACCAAGCCGGUGGUCGGCGCACAGUCGCUCUUCGCCCGCCACGACGACGACAACGCCCUCUGCUCGCGAAGAGACCCUCUCUGCCGACAGUUGCAGAAGACGAGGGAAUUACUGUGUGGUGAAAUCUCUACCCAAGUGAUUGAAAAGAAGUUUUGCUGAAGAGGUGGUAAAAUAUCGUGUUGCAGUGUUCCCAGCAAAGGGGAAGACGCCACUGAAGAAAUAUUUCGCCAGUCUUGGGUGAUAUGAGCUGACGUGGAAUUUUUAGAAGAGAACGUAAAAAUGUCACGAACUCUAGCAUACCUGUGCUGCAUUCUGUACGCGUGCGGCGCCGACUACCAGCCGUCCGGCGGACCCGUGUACGUGAACCCGGCCGCGGCCGCAGAGCAGGUGGCCUCCCAGAAGCGCAGCGAGGCCACGGCGGCGGGGCUGCUGACGCAGACCGUGUACGGCUUCCUCGACUUCACCACCACCAUCGGCAACACCGUCAUGGUGUUCUCACCGCAGAGCGCGCCGCCAGAGGGCGGAGCGGCGACGACGACGACGGAGAAGGCGGCGCCCGUGAUCGACACGAGGCCGGCCCAGGCGUCGGCGGCGCCGCAGGACAUCCGCCCCAGCAGGACCGCCCCCGGGCUGGAGGGCAGCGGGUCGGGGCUGGAGCGGCCCUCCGGCCAGGCCGGGCCCGCCGCCAGCUCGCCCGCCGCGCUGUCCAGCGUGGUGGAGGUGCGCGGCGGAGCGCUUUCCGCGCCUCCCAGCAGCGUCGUCAACGUCGUGCUGGGUCCUCAGGUGCUGGCGAGCAAGGUGGAGGUCAAGUCGGCGGGCUUCAAGGCGGUGUCCAGCAAGGUCGAGGUGAAGACCGGAGGUCCCAAGGCGGCGGUCUCCAGCAAGGUGGAGGUGAAGACGGCGUGGCCCAAGGCGGUGGUGUCCAGCAAGGUCGAGGUCCUGAAGGAAGGCUUCAAGACGACGGCGUCCAGCAAGGUGGAGGUGGUGGCGACGCCGGCCUCCGGCGUCGUCUUCUUCGCCGACCGCCAAACAGCCCUGCCGGGCCCCGCGCGCGAGGAGCUACACUUCUCGAGCGUGGUGGAAGUGCGCUCGUCGGCGGAGGAGCCCGCCAUCUCGGGCAACAACAUAUUCUUCGAGCCCGAGUACGACUUCCUGUCCAGGCAGCCGUCGGAGGUCGUCGACGAGACCUACAGGGUGUUCAACCUGAAGCCGAGCGCCAGCAAGUUCUCGCUGCGGGCUCCGCGGCCGACGGCGGCCAAGGCAGGCGGCGCGCCGGCGCACAAGACGCGCGGGGGCCCGCAGCAGCAGCAGCAGCCCACGGGGCUGGUCACCCGGCUCGGCGGGACGGUGGUCAAGGACGGCGUGACGACGGUGCACGAGACCAAGGUCAUCGGCACCUACAUCUCCGGCAAGUACGCGCAGGUGCUGCAGAGCACUUCGCGCGUGCACCAGGGCAGCGGCAGCAAGCCAAAGGUGUCGCCGACGGCCGCCCAGCGCAUCCUGAAGACGGCGGCGCCCUCCCCCGCGGGCAAGCCGCGGCCGCAGCUCCAGCUCGACCCCACGCCCGACGGCUCCCUGCGCGAGACGGGGCUGCCCUUGGAGGCGCUCUUCAGCUCGUCGUCGGGGCCCAACCUGGUGCGCGCGUCCCGUCGCCCCGCCGGCCCGCCGCCGUCCAACAGGAACAGCCUGUCGCGCUUCAAGGGCCGCGGUCGGGACAGCCAGGAGUCCAAGGACUCGCAGCAGGAGCCGGGCGGCGACGAGGAUCAGGAUGCGCCGUACGGCGGCAACAGAAGGUCCUCACCGAGGGCAGGGCAGCGCCAGGCGUCCUCCGCCCGCCACAAGACGGCGCCCUCCAAGCACGGGAACAGGUUCGGCGGACGGCCCACGCAGACGCCCGAGCUGGCGACGGUGUCCGUGUUCAGCGAGUCGUCGGCGACUAGGCGCUACCAGCAGUCGUCGCAGCGGCGCGGCGGGUUCCGGCCGUCGGGCGCCACCGCCGCCCCCGCCGCCGCCGCCUCCUCCUCCCCGGCCGGCGACCCGCCCGGCGGCCGGCGCGGGUACAAGCCGCGCGUGAGCGCCGCCCCCGCCGCCGAUGCGCCGCCCAGCCACACCACCAGCCUCUACAAGUUCAAGUUGUCGCGCCCCGGAGGCGGCCGCUGGCAGUACAAGACGUCGCCCAAGCCGCGCGUCAACAUCCGCAAGUCGGAGGAGGCCGAGGCGGCGUCGUCGGCCAGCUCCACGCCGACUCCCCCGCAGCAGCAGCAGCAGCAGCAGCCGCAGCCGCGCUCCGACGACGGCGGCGGCGAGUCGCACGAGGCGGCGGCGGUUGCGGCGGCGCCCGUCGACGUGGAGGUGGCGCCCUCGGGGGCCGACAGGGAGGCGCAGCCCGUGCCGGAGGAGACGCUCAACGUGGAGAUCUCCACGCCCGCCGACUUCAAGGACGUGUACUACGAGCUUGCCACCAUCAAGUCGCCCUACACCUUCCAGGUGGGCACGGUGAAGAACACCCGCUUCGUGACGGUCACCUCGACGCUGGAGCGGUCUCUGGCCGGCGCCAGCGAGGCGGUGCAGCCGUCCGAGCCGCUGACGGAGAACCUGCUGGCCAGCACGACGGCGCCGCUGUACGCCAAGGAGGCCGGCGCAGCGCUGCCGCUCGACUCGGGCGUCGCAACGCUGCCGCCCGUGGGGCUGGCCGGCGACGCCGAGACGCCGCCGCUCGAGACGCUCACCGAGAGCUUCAGCACGUCGCAGCUGCUGCUCAAGACGCACGUGCUGCCGGUGGUGCGCGGCGGCAGCAACACCACCUGGUACACGCUGGUGCAGUCGUACCACGUGACGCGGCUGGUGACGGCCAUCAAGACGCUGCCGCCCAUGGAGCUGUACCACUUCGUGCCCAGCAAGACGCUCAACGAGUUCAACACGCGGCUGGAGGAGGCCGGCUCCGAGCUGCACCUGGAGCUGGACUUCGGCGACGACGGCAACUCUGACGACGGGCGCGACGACGACGACCGGCCGGCGGCGCUGCGCGCGCUGCGGCCCGACUUCGACCUCGCGAGCGUCGGCUCGGACUUCGACCCCGCGGACGUGGACGGGCUGCGGCUGAAGAAGGCGCGCGGGGCCGCCGCCCCGUCGACGACCACCUCGACGACCCCGGAGCCGCCCUCCGCCGCGCCGGCGCUCAGCCCCGACCAGCUGCAGCAGCUGGCGCUCCUCAGGUUCCUGAACCCUGGCGCCGCGGUGGCGCCCCAGGUGGUCACGACGUCGCGGCCCGUGCUCCGCGUCGAGACGGUGUGGGAGUCGCACGUGCUGCCCGUCGUGAACGGCGCCUCCACCGGCUACAGCACCAUCUCGCGGCCCGUCGGCACCGUCAGCCGCACCGAGUACGAGUACGGCACCAGCACCCUCCCCGUCUUACCCGGCCUCGCCAACCCUCUGUUCCCCGCCGCGCCGCAGCAGCAGCAGCAGCUGGUGGUGACCUCGACCCCCGUCGUCACGCAGACGGUCGUCACCGCCACCGACAGCAAGGUGCUCAAGCUCACCUUCGGCGCCAAGACAGCCUACACGACCAUCUUCUCCACCAAGGUGGUGCCCACCGUGAUCACCACCUACGUCACCACGUCCAUACCCGUGCAGCCGACGGCGCCGGCAUUCCCCGGGUACUUCCCGGCGCCGUACCCUCAGUUCCCCUUCGUGGGCUGAGGGCCCCGCCCACCCGUCGAGCCCCUCCCAGGGGGUACGCGCGAGCUACAAGACUGCACGGCGACCAAGUCCCCGCGAACACUUCUAGAGCUCUCGUCGCCGUCGAGAGAGAAGUGCGCGGGUGUUUCUGAUGCUCAAUCCGUACAAUCAACGCCUGUGUCCGCGGUCUUAACUGACAAGUCCGCGACCAAAGAUAUCCGAGUGUACAGGACUCUCAGCGAAGCAGAGCGCGUAUACUUCAAACCACGUCUCGUCCUUUCUCGAGCAGACGCUCCGAGUAGCCAGCAAGGUUGCAAGAACCCGUUAUUUCUUGUGUGUAGGUCACCGUGACAGCGACUCCCAAAUCUCUCCCCCCGCCACAUAUUUAUUACUCCGCAGACUGACAUAUCGAGUAUUAUCAGCGACGUUUCCCUGCUUCAUAGGUAUACUUUGAACUUAGCAUUGUAGCGCAAACAUCCUUCGGUGUUUUCUACGCGCCGCGAAAGACUAUGGUGAUGUUUACGUGCUUAAAGAACAUCUCAUUUUUUUUUCUAUUUAGUUCGUUCUGACCAUCUGGCACCAUUGCACCGUGCACUGGCUACAACGGUAAUGUAACUUUUGUAAGGAAUUCGAAGUUUUGGACUGUUUUCCCACAAGUAUAUCAAGGUUACCAUUUUCAAGUAUACCGCGAACAGUCAUACGAAGAGUAAAGCAAUCGAGUGCUAGCCGUUCCAAAUAUUUCAUCCAAAAAAAACUUCUAAGACUUUUUUUGUAUUCAUUUAAUAUGCGUGCGAAUUGGUAAAUAAAAACAGCGAUACGUAAGCCUAGAAUUUCGGCUCAGCUGUAAAAAUAGAAUCCAAAAUCCAUAAUGUACCAAGAUUUUUGGCUAUCUCGCAUGUACAUAAUAUUUUACGACAACGAAGAUUUAAAUUAACUGUUUUCUUAACUUCUGGAUACUAUUCUCACAGCUGAGUCAAACGUAAUUUGUGUGUUUGUACAUAUUAAUUAACACACACAACAAUAAGUGUUUAUAUGUUAUAAUAUAGUGUGUAUUUUUGUAUGAAAUGUAAAUAAAGUACCUUAA